CUAACUGCUGCUGCCUGUCCCUUCCCGGGUCCUUUUUGCUUUGCUGCUCUGUCUGGCCCUCGUCACUCGUUUCUUUUAUGUUUACAACCACCCUCGCUUUCCCCCGUUCGUAUACCUUUCGGAUUCGUGUUUUCGAUCUCAGCCUCAGGAUCUUCAGUUUCUUCAGGACGGCGCGAAUAGCACUCCAGCAAGGACGGGACGAGGAUGACAGGCGACGAUGCCUCUGCCAAUGGGUCUAGGGCUGCGCAGUCAAAUCCCGGCGCAGAGACCCGUGAUUCGCAACAUGCGGAAGCUCAAAGCCAGCCCCAGCAUGGGAGGCAACAGGAGACAAAGACGCAGCCAUCAUCGCCUCCCUCAUCCAGGCCAUUGCCACCUUCUCAUCAAGAGUCGUUAAAACCCUGGCUGCCACUUCCCCCACCGCACGCCGUCUAUCCCGCUUCCCUGCCGGUAGACCAACUGCAUGACCAUGUCGAAACCGAACGCUUGGAAAGCCCCAUUUGGUGGCACAAGACGAAACUGGGGCUGCUUCUGUUGUCCCUGAUGGUUUGCGCUGUCAUCUUCGGCAUCGGCAUCGCCCUCGGUUUCCGGAUCGCGUCAUACGACUCGUCUGAUUUGGGUUACGGGGCGGUGGAUUACGAAUUCGGGUUGUCCGGCGGCGGUGCGGGGCUUGCGAUAGUGGUAACGACCCUUGAAUUCCUCAAGACCCUUUUCUCUCGCCGAAACGAGGGCUUGCAUCCGGGGACGCUCGUUGCUGCCCAUCUCAUCAUCUGGCUGGUGGUUCUUGCUGCCGUCGUCUAUACCUCAUUUCUCAACGCAUAUUACCGGCUCAACGACCAGACCACAACCUUUCAACACGUCCUGCUCGCAUUCGACUGCAUUCUACUGCUCAUACAUUUCGUGCUCUUCGUUGACGCUUGUGUCAUGACAAAUCGGUUGAAUAGGGCAAGCAGGGGAACGGUUGUGGUCAGGGUGCCGAUCCAGGCUGGCGCUGGGUAUCAGGGUGUACCAUACCCAGUUUAUGGCUACCCUUCCUUAUUUGUCCCACCGCAGGCAAGCACACAGCCAGGGCAACAACCGGUCCCGCUUAUGACCCAGGUUCCCCCACAGACGGCUGAGGGAAUCGGUCCUGCGCCGCCUCAGCCGGCUGCUCUGUACACUGGGUACUACGCGCCUGCACCUCAGGAGCAGAGCGCCCGGCAGCUGCCAGGCGACCAGGUACUGGUGCAAGGAUACUAUGCGCAGUUCCCGGCACCCGCAACUGCAACUGCAACUGCCGCCGGACCAUCGCGCAACUCGCGGGGGUCACCGCCGUCUGCCCUUGCGAAAAGCUCCGGGUCUCGACAGUCGCAACGGCAGGCCGAGGCCGAGACCCAGAGCGGGCAGCAGACUGAGUCUGCCGCGCCAUCGGAGGGAUUGCAGGCACAAUCCAGACCGGGAGGGCCCGGAUCAGAGAAAACCCUCUGAUCUGGGAAGCGAAGCGAAGCGGUUCAUGGUCAACAGUUGGCGGGAGGGCGGGCACGGCCAUGAGCUGAUUCCGAGGAAUGUUUGGCGGU